AUGGGUAUUGUUGUAAGUGAGGAUACAAAUCGCGGGCUCAACGAGCAGGAAAAGGUCGACGCAAUCGUGGCUGAAAAUGACUACGGGUUGAUCAUGGUGACACUCGACCAAAUUUCGGUUUUCCUGGGCUCGUGGUGGACCACAUCGCUCACCAGCCGUAUACAGACAUUCAAAAGCUAUGCUCAUGUCCCUCUUACACAAAUCAUAAGCCAUGAACGUGCUUCUCUUGGGAUUGUUGGGUUCCAUUUUGCUGGAAUUCCUGCAUGGGCAAUGUCGACAUGUAUAUCAAUAUGUCGGCAUCACCCUCUAGAGCGGUUGAUUUCAACAAUACAAAACUACUUUCCCAACAAUGAUGCCGGUUCGAAGCUUGUGCGAGCCUCCUUUACGAUUCUACACUCUACGACUCGAGGAGCCCUUCUUGUGCUCGCGAUGCAGACGUACAUGUACUCUUUAUUACAAUCUCUUCAUCUAAUUCCUCCUACAUCAAUGCCGAGCAUUGCACACUUCAUGCCUUUCGGCGAAUUCGCCUCAAUGCUGCUUCCAAGCCCUCCAGAACUCUCAUUCAUCUCCCUGGGCAGUUAUUUCCUUAACAUCAUGAAGGCUCCGUCUCUUUUCUACAUCUAUGUCUACUUGCGGCCUGUGAUCGAAGUCCGUCUUUAUAGGCUUAUCCGCAGAAGAUUGCCGAAGCCUAUCCUUACGGAUGAUCUCUCCGUCAAGGUGGCUUUCGACAAUGAUCUCAUCGAUUGGAUGGUUCCCACACUCGGGCGCCGAGCUGUGGAGGAGACGCAGCGCAGCAAUCUUUCGCUGGUUGAUGACAUAUCAUACGAAAUGGGUGCUUUCCGGCAAUGGCUGUUUUCUAAAUUUACCUUUAGGCGACGAAGGGCUUCAGUUGCUCAAGUGACAGAACUUCAACAGGGACCCGAGACUCGCCAGGCGCAGGGUGACGCAGCAAAUUUAACCCCGUCUCCGGAGUAUCAGCGACACAGAAGUGCAGAGUCGAAUCCUCCUGAUCAACCCAUGCCAGCUCGUGAGAGUGAUGCGCAUUCUGACGGCGGCGAAAGUGGGUUAUCAAAUGGAGGGGACCGUGCCAUUGACGCGGAUAAUAUUGAUCUAUUAAGGCGUGCAAGAAACCUCACCCUUUCUACCCGUACGACUUCGCCAGAACCGGACGCUCAACGAAAUGGGGAUAACGCUCCUAAUGAAAGCCGGCGUCAGUCACGUUCAGAUACGCUUUUGUCCCGAUCUCCGUCUCCUGAAUCCUCCCAGUCCUCGCCUCGAGUCCGCGCACAGUUGAUCCAGGACUCCGAUGUCAUUGCCAUGCAACUGGAGCUGGAAAGCCGCCAUGCUCAGAACCGGAAUGCGACAACUGACACCCACGCUGGUCUACAAAAUUCGGAUGAUAGACAACCUAGCCGUCGUUCGAUUUCUGAGAUCCUUGACACGCUCUUAUCCAACCAGGACGUAACUACGAUACUUGGUGCGGAAGCUACUGAUAGCGAUGCCCUUUCUAAUAUGACUGCAGCGGUGCCCCCCAACCCCGGGGAAAUAGCGACCACAUCAACCUCAGACGGCGAACUGCACGGGGUAACAAGGGACCAGAACCCUAAUAACUCGAGCGCUGGUCCAAUCGCUUCGGACGCCCUCAAUAUUUUCCCGGAUGUUGAGGAAGGACCACCCCUCGACGACGCCACUCACCAAGCAUCCGAGCGACAACUUGAUCAAGAUGAUGAUGACGAUGCCGCCGACGCUGAAUCGGGAAUCCUGCCACACGUGGCCGACCCCAUGGUCAGACAAAGCUCAGCUGCGGGAACCACAACCAUCACUCCCUCCGUAUCAGCCCAUAGAGUGACCAUUCUUUCUGCUCUUCCAGUGGAUUCUUUGGCCUCUCAUCUCGCAGCUAUGAUCACGACGGCUGUUUUUGCUCCCAUCGAAACUUUCUACCUCCGGUCCUUAGCCAAAUCUUAUCUUUCCUCCAAGGGAGCCGCCGCCGCUGCCGCGAUCCGAUCCGAUGUUUAUCCUGUGAGUGCUUGGGGUGGCGGGGCCACCCGGUCUGACAAAUUGGCGUACAUCGGCAAACUAGCCCUCGUUAUGGGAAUUCAAGCUGCUGUGAACGCCUCCGUUUGGGGAAUUGUAUCGGGGUCCGCUAUACGGAUUGGAAGAAGGUGGUGUGGGUGGGGUUCCCUCUAG